AGGGGCCGGAUGGGGAAGUAGGGAUAUCGUUAGGUAGCGUGGCUAGAGAGGCCGGAGGUGGGUGGCCAGAGAAAUCGGGAGGACCCGCAGUGGGGACCAUGACUUACGCUUAUCUCUUCAAGUACAUCAUCAUCGGGGACACAGGUGUGGGCAAGUCAUGUCUCCUCCUGCAGUUUACAGACAAGCGGUUCCAACCUGUCCACGACCUCACAAUAGGUGUAGAGUUUGGGGCCCGUAUGGUCAACAUUGAUGGCAAACAAAUCAAACUGCAAAUCUGGGACACGGCUGGGCAAGAAUCAUUUCGUUCCAUCACCCGUUCCUACUACAGGGGAGCAGCUGGAGCCCUACUGGUAUACGACAUUACAAGACGUGAGACCUUCAACCACCUGACUUCAUGGCUAGAAGAUGCUCGGCAACACUCUAGCUCCAAUAUGGUUAUCAUGUUGAUUGGAAAUAAGAGUGACCUAGAGUCGCGACGGGAUGUGAAAAGGGAAGAAGGAGAAGCCUUUGCUCGGGAACAUGGGCUUAUCUUCAUGGAGACUUCAGCCAAAACCGCCUCUAAUGUUGAAGAGGCAUUCAUUAAUACAGCCAAAGAAAUAUAUAGGAAGAUCCAGCAGGGCUUAUUUGAUGUCAACAAUGAGGCAAAUGGCAUCAAGAUUGGACCUCAGCAACCAGCCUCAGCAUCAUCAGGACCCAGCUCAUAUCAAAGGAAUUAUGAAGGCACAGGUGACAGCUCUAGCUGUUGCUAAUUUCUGGCCAUAAUAUCUGGUCCUUCUUGGAACAGCCCCUUCAUGCAGCAAACUUGAGGGAAGAGGUCCUGGUUGCUUUAGCCAGUGGAAGCCUCAUCCCCAGGUGUGAUAUCCUGCCCUUCCACCCAACUAAGGAAGAAUUUGUGUCCUUAACUUGACGAGUUCCUCUUUAGGGACAAGAACAUUUCCUCUAGAUUAGGGCUCUUCUCUCUUCCUUUCUCCUCCCAAUUACCAUCCUCAUAUUUUAAUUUCUAAACUGUUAGGGGCAAGGCUGAGACUCUCUAGAGUUCAAAGAUAAGCAAAUAAUGAUUUUUUUUUUAAAGCACAAUUCUGUUGCUCAUUAUGAAAUGUUAACAAAUAUCCUAUGAUAUUUCUUCUGAGUGAGCAUGUCAAAGAGUAAGGAUCUGGUAUACCAUAUGGGAAUAGAAUUGCCAAAUAAGGAAUUUCAACAGCCUUUUUAUUUCCUUCCCUUUGGGAGUCCAUUUGCUACUUUUUCAAGGAUCUUGUAGGGAACACAUGGUUCUUAUUGCUAGAGCAUUUCAGAGAUAAUGAACAAUUUUCUAUGUCUGUAAGCAACUCCUCUCCAUUGCUAAUUUUUAUCUCUUAGGGUCCAAUUUUUAAAAAGUGAAUUUCUUAAGGCUGUCCAGGACUAAUGGGUCUCUUUCUGUUUGUAGGACCUAGAGAAAACAAUUUUUACUCUUGUUCUUUUAGAGACCAUAUGUAAUCAAGACCCUCAAACAACUGAAUCUUUACUAUCUGAUCUCGUUUCACUACAGAUCCUCCAAUCAAGCAAAGUUGCUUACUCUCCUCAGCUUGUUAUACAUGACUUUUGUUCCUUCCUACUUGCCUUUUCACGUGCUAACCUAUGUUCCUCAACAUAUCAAGUUUAAUAACUUCCAGCAUAUGUUCCAAGUUCAACCCCACCAAAUUCUAAUCGGUUUAUUAUUCGGUGCCCCUUCAGCCUUCAUAAACUCAGUAUUAUAUUAAUUUGCACUUUUUGUUUCUUUGUAAAUAUAUCGAUUGUUCAUGUGGAGUACCUGUCUUCCCCACAUAGAGUGUAAACCCUUUGAGGGCAGGGACCAUGUCUUCUGUUGCUUUUGUGUCCUCUUUCCUUUCUAGUUCCCUCACAGUGUUUAGUGUUGCACAUAGUACUCUAUAAAUCUGACUGACUUAAAAGACAUAGAACAGCCUUACUGUAUGCCUUUUCGGAGGCUUUGGAAGCACCUUUUAGGAACUAUACCCCAGUCUCUUCCAUCUGCUAAUACUGGGAUCCAUAUUUCCACUUUUCCCUUUCUUAGGAUCCAUGCUCAUUUGUCUUCCCUCUUACCAUUUCUAGGAUCUUUAUACUUCCAUUCCAUGCAGACAUAUAUAGGAAUGCUGACUGUCAGUAGGCAAGCAAAUCAGCAUGCACUUUUGUAGUCAGUCCUACAUUUCAAAAGCAUAUAAUGCUACCUUUCCAAAAAUUUGCUCUACUCUCAUUCCCACCAUGUCUUCCCAAUCCAGCCUCUGUACCUUUCUGCUUAGGUCACUCAGUCACUCUCUUCCACACUGGUGCCUCAUGGAUUUUCUUUUACUUUUUUAUUUUUGUUAUUAAUUUGCUGUUGAAUUGUUUCAUUAUUAAAUAUAUGCAUGCGUCCAA